UGCGCACUCCUUGGUGCGCGACUGUGAUGUGCAUUUUGAUAUUAAAAACAGCGACCCGUCGCGACGCCCAUGGCGCUCAUCCUUCCACUGGAGCAGACCAAUCGAGUUUCUGACAGUUAAGCAGUGAAAUCAGCUGUUGUGAUUACAUCCGCCACACCGGUUGCACAGUUCAGUGACCGGUUGGCAUGUUGCAUCUGUCUCGAUGGUCUGCGACAAGAACAUAAACAAUUAAUCAACGAUGCCGCACGAAAUAUUGUACAGAGAAAGUUACGGUGAUCAUGGGGGAGAAGUUACAUUCGUUAAAUCUGUAGAACACGUCACCAUAACUAAAAUUGAAGAUUCUGAAACACCUGGAACAAAAUUAUAUGGGAAAACUGUACUGACGUUUUUGAAAGAAGUCUUUCUACCACAGGGUUUUCCGGAUAGCGUGCACUCAGAUUACGUUCCCUAUCAAAUCUGGGACACUGUUCAGGCAUUCGCAAGUACCAUUAUGGGAACUUUGACAACUCACUCAAUCAUGCAAGGAGUUGGCGUUGGAGAUACCUCUGCCACAGCAUUAGCAGCGGCCAUAACUUGGAUUUUAAAGGAUGGCACUGGAAUGAUUGGGCGGAUUCUAUUUGCUUGGUGGAAUGGACCCAGCUUAGACGCACAAUGCAAAAAAUGGCGUCUCUUUGCAGACAUCCUCAAUGACUGUGCAAUGGGUAUAGAAUUGACGCUUCCUUACUUUUCGAAUCAUUCCAUGGUUAUAUUAUGCGUUUCGACUGGAAUGAAAUCAAUUGUCGGUGUUGCCGGCUCUGCAACUAGGGCUGCUUUAACGCAACAUCAGGCAUUGCAAAACAAUUUGGCGGAUGUUUCAGCCAAAGACGGCAGUCAGGAAACGUUUGUUAAUCUGAUUGCCUCGUUUGUAGGAAUAUUGGUAUUAUCCAACAUUGGGGAUGGUCGAUAUGUAAUGGAAUUGUUUGUCUUGCUGGCAACAGUGCAUCUGUACGCUAAUUACCGUGCAGUUAAAGCGCUGUGCUUGAAUUCGCUGAACGAAGAUCGCUUGGCAUUAAUAAUACGGAAUUAUCUGAUUAACCAGAGUAUACCUGGUCCCUCAGAAGUCAACAAAAUUGAAUCAGUGCUGCUCUGCGGAAAUUCAACUGAAAAAAUGUUUGGUUUUGAGAUAAAAAUGGGCGUCUCGUUACAAAGUGUAUUCAAAAACCGUAUAAUCAAUCCGGAUGAUUUACAGCUUCUAUCAAACCUCUUUCGAAAUCGAAAGUACCUAAUCAUUAUGGACGUGAAGCAGAAAACAAUUUUUGUACCAAUUGCAAAGGAUUCGCAAUCUUCAGAAGUGUUGCAGGCAUACUUUCAUGCAUGCAUAUAUGGGCUAAUCACCUACAUGACGCUCAGGUGGCCCAUCGAUAUCUUACUCAAAGCCAGAUCGUAUGAACCUUCGUAUCCUCUAAUGCGGAUAUACCUUUUGAACAAGAAGUAUCCAUCUCGUAGCAACAGAGCACUAGCGCGAAUUCCUGUGGAAAUUAUCCUAGCUACAGAAGACAUUAUAUCCAAGGAAUUCCGACUCUUUGAAGCAGCCCUAAAGAAUAGUGCUUGGCUGACUAAUACAAAUCUUUUACCUGUGGGACAAUGGCGAGGAUCCUGGGGCCAGCAGAGUGAUGGUGGAAUGAAAGGGAGAAUCUCCAAACACUCUGAAGUCUUACAUUAUGGAGAACAGAAUGUCAUUGAGGACAUAAGUGAUUAAGCACUUGAGCAAUACUAAAAUAUUUUUAUGUUGUAUUGUAUCAACAUGAUCAUUUGUUUUUUCACAUUUUAUACAUUCUGUAACAGAA